AUGUCUAAACAAGGAGUAAAUAAGCAACUUAAAGUUGUAGAAAGUAAAGAAUGCUUUGUUUCUGAAGUUUGUAAAAUUAAUGCUGAAAUUUUUAAUAAAAAUUUGACUAAAAAACAAGAUAGGGAGAAAGAAAGCAUUGAAAGAGAUAAAUUUAGAAAUACUGAUGCUAAAUUAAUAUAG